AUGGCGUCCAAGCAAUCACGGAAACGGUCAGUUAUUACUCUAGAGAAGAAGUUGGAGUUAAUUAGUGAAUUGGAAAAGGGGCAAUCAUUUCGACUAGUCUCUCAGCAUUAUAACAUUCCGAAGUCAACGUUGGCUGACAUCUGGAAAAGCAGAGACAAGAUUUCACGCCAUGUGUCAGGUAGUGAAAUUCCAGACGUUGCAAAGAAGCGUCGAGUUGUAAAGGAGCCGCAGUUUGAGAAGAUCGACGAGGCAUGCUACAUGUGGUUUGCGCAACAGAGAGCGAAGGGAGCCUCGGUGUCAGGACCUUUAUUGCAAGAGAAAGCCUUGGCCCUGUUCCCUUCGCUUUAUCCUGACGAAGAAUGGACCAGUUUUAAAGCUAGCUCUGGUUGGCUGCAAAAGUUUUGCAGAAGACAUGGAAUUACGUAUUUGAGCAUGCGCAGAAUAGAAUUCUCAGUUACGGACAAUUCUAAUAUCCGGACAGCUACCGGUCCCGAAGUGUCCGGAUAA